ACCGGGAGACCCGCACUUCACCUGACCCGGUCCACAGCAGGAGGACAGUCCACACAGUCCGGACCAGUUUCUCAGGAACAGGACAGUCUGUAGAGGCCGGACCCGGUCCUCAGAGCGGAACCAGACCGACUGACCCGCGCACGGAGCAUCACUUAUCCGUCCAUGUCCGGUUGGACCCAGCUGUUCGGUUCUGGACUCUGGACGGGAUGUUUAUCUCUGAUCGGAUUAUCUGUCUUCUGAGGUCCGGCUGAGUCCAGCGGCUCCGGCUCCGGCCCGGUUCGGGUCCAUAUGAGCGCAGCCUUCAGUCCUUCAGCCUUCAUGGUGAUGCAGCGGCCGCUCGGAACCAGCACCGCCUUCAGCAUCGACUCUCUGAUCGGGGCCCCCCCGCAGCCCGGUCCGGGACCCCUGGUCUACACUGGGUACCCCAUGUUCGUCCCGUACCGGUCCGUGGUUCUGCAGCCGCCGCCCCCGCCCCCGCCGGGCCUGCAGCAGGCUCUGCACCCCCCACACACGCAGAUCCCGAACCUGCAGGGCGGGUUCUGCUCCAGCUUGGCCCAGAACCUGAGUCUCACCUCCACUCUGAUGGCCUCCCUGCCCAGCGGGUUCUCCUCGGCCCAGCAGCACCACGAAGUCCGGAAGUUCGGCUCCCAGGCCCUGCAGGACCUGCGUCUGGACCCAGAGGACGGGAAGAGUUUCCUGCCGGGGAAAGAGUCCGCGCUGCCGCUUUUCCACGAGUCGGAACCGCCGGUCCAAACGUCCACAGGUCGGACCCUCAGUCAGGAGGAGCGGAAAGACGAGGACUUGAGCCGGAAAGAGGACUCCUUCUCCAUGGUGGACAGCGACCUGGACUACAGUUCUGACGAAAACCCGGUCUCCCUGAGCCACAAGGAGGACCUGGAGGGCGGCGGCGGGGUCCUGGAGGAGGGCCCGGCUACCACCGGCUCCUCGGGGGGGCCCUCCGGGUCCUCCGCGACCUCCGGGUCCGGAAAGAACCGGCGCAGACGGACGGCCUUCACGAGCGAGCAGCUGCUGGAGCUGGAGAAGGAGUUCCACUGUAAGAAGUACCUGUCGCUCACCGAGAGGUCCCACAUCGCGCACGCGCUCAAACUCAGCGAGGUCCAGGUCAAGAUCUGGUUUCAGAACCGGCGCGCCAAGUGGAAGCGGGUCAAGGCCGGGAACGUCAACAACAAGUCCGGGGAGCCCAGCAGGAACCCCAAGAUCGUGGUUCCGAUCCCUGUCCACGUCAGCCGGCUCGCUAUCCGGAGCCAGCACCAGCAGAUGGAGCAGAACCGGCCCUGAACCGGMACCGGACUCGGGUCGUCAGAGUCCAGGCACAGCCAGAACCGAAACUUUCCGACUUUUUAUCAGAACCGGUCAGCGAGCAGCUGAUUUUAUUUAUGGGUCAGAACAUUCGGGUCCGGUCCAAUCGGAACCGGRUGCAUUUUUAAAGGACUUCAGAUUUCUUUACAGGAACUUUAAAAAAAGGUCCGACCCGCGGGCGUCAGACCAGAACCGACAGGGACUGGGUCGGAACCUGCGCGUGAAGACACCGGGUGUAAAUAAAUCUCCGUCCGGACCGGACCGGACCGAACCGGACCAGGGGAAGAACCGCUGAGUUUCUGUUUAUUUAUUUCUGUCAAAUUCUGAUUAUUAAAGAAGGAAGGAGCCGAUUUUACCUGA